UCUGGCGCAGAGAAGAGGAAGAAGAGGAAAGAAGAUGAGAAAAGAAAAUAUCAAGAAAAGGGUAAGUGUUCAAUUAAAAAAUUGAAUCAAUUUUAACAAGAUAGGCUACUGUAUAUAAAACAUUAUAAUAAGCUGUGUGUACUUGUAAAUGUGGUUCUGUACAAGGACUAUUCGCUCAGUAAACAUACUAAAUGGUGUUUUAUUUUUAAAUAAAAUAUGCCUAAUGUGUUCUGUGAGGGUUAGUGUGGAAGGGGACAGAAUAGUUUGUACAAUAAAAUUCAAUGCGUCUAUGGGGAGUCCUCAGAAACCAUGUGUGUGCGUCGUGUGUCUGUCUCCGUGUGCGUGCGUGUGUGUGUGUGUGUUUUGCACCUUAGGGAGACUUUUGAAAUAUUUUCCAAAGAAUGUACUUACAGCUGGUGAAAAUGCAGCAGCUACCUCCUCCUCACAUGACAGUCUUGGCCCUGUCUCAGCCUACAUUGGUCUUUUUUCCAGCUUAUCUGUUGCCUCCACCACAUCCUCCAGAGCAGCUGACAUUACUUCUUCCUCCAGUGCUGUUGCCUCCACCACAUCCUCCAGAGCAGCUGACAUUACCUUAACCUCCAGUGCUGUUGCCUCCACUACAUCCUCCAGUGCAGAUGACAUUACCUUAACCUACAGUGCUGUUGCCUCCACCACAUCCUCCAGUGCAAUCACAGAAGGAGCUUUCUGCUCUGCAAAUGUCUCAGCUGUUUCAAGAGAUCCAGCUGACUGGCCUGAGGUCUUGUCAGGUAAAGAGAGGGCUGGUUUAGUUAUUAGAGGACCAAGCGAUUUAAAUCCUAACUUUAAAUUUCCAAAAAGACAAGACGGAAGAAGCUUUCAUUUCCAUUACAAGUUUCGGCUCCUCACUAAUGGGGAAAAAAUCCAACGUACAUGGCUUGUUUACUCCAUGAAAAGUGAUGCUGUUUUUUGCUGGUGUUGCAAAUUGUUUUCAAAGGGCUCUUCAAAGCUAAUCACAGAGGGACAGCGUGAUUGGACUAAUAUUGGAGCAAUCCUUAAACAACAUGAAAACAGCCCUGCACACAUAAAAAGUGUGGUGUCAUGGAAAGAGCUUGAACUAGGUUUAAAAAAGGGACAAACAAUUGACCACACACAACUAACCCUCACAGAGGCUGAGAAGAGACGUUGGCGUGAGGUUCUCAUUCGACUGAUUGCAAUCAUUAAGUCUCUUGCAGAGCGAAACCUCGCUUUUCGGGGCUCUGAAGACAAAUUAAUGGUACCCAACAAUGGCAAUUUUUUAAAAGAGGUUGAGCUCAUGGCUAAGUUUGACCCUGUGUUAAGAGAGCAUAUCAGACUAGCUGACAAGCAAGGAAACCACACAACCUAUCUUGGCAAAACAAUACAAAAUGAACUAAUCUCCUGCAUCGGUGAUCAACUGGUCAAAACAAUGGUGGCUGGCAUUCAAGAGUCAAAGUAUUUUUCUAUCAUCUUAGACUGCACACCAGAUGUCAGCCACACAGAGCAAAUGUCUGUGGUGGCCAGAACUGUCAGUCUAGAAAAAGGGCCAGAGAUAAAGGAGUACUUUCUUGGGUUCUUAGAUGCUCCUGACUCCACCGGCGCUGGAUUGUCUUCUCUUAUCUUAAAAAGACUGGAGGAGCUUGGCAUACCAUUUAGUAAUUGCAGAGGCCAGUCUUAUGACAAUGGAGCCAACAUGAGGGGCAAAAAUAAAGGAGUGCAAGCUAGACUCCUUGAGAAAAAUCCACGUGCACUUUAUGUUCCUUGUGGAAGCCACACUCUUAAUUUAGUUGUUGCAGAUGCAGCUAAAGAGUCAAUAGUUGCAAUUAACUUCUUUGGAGUUGUACAGAAGCUGUUCACUCUCUUUGCAGCUGCACCGCAACGAUGGGCCAUUCUCAAAGAUCAUGCUGACAUCACUUUAAAAAGCUGGAGUGACACCAGAUGGGAAAGUCGGGUGAAAAGUAUUGAGCCGUUGCAGCACCAGCCAGAGAAGGUGAGGGAGGCUCUUUUACAGGUCAGGGAGAACACUAAAGAUCCUACAGUUAGGAUUGAAGCCCAGUCACUCGCGGAAGAAAUUGGUUCCUUCAGAUUUCAAAUCUGUCUUGUUGUCUGGUACAAUAUUCUGAGAAAAAUUAAUGUCACAAGCAAACUGCUUCAAUCUGCUACCAUGCAGCUGGAUGUUGCUGUAGAUCUCAUCCAUCAGACAAAAGCUUCUCUCGUGAGCUACAGAGCUACUGGCUUUAAUGAUGCAGUCAAGAAAGCAACUGAAAGGUGUGAGGAAAUGAAUGUUCAAGCAUUGCUUAAGGAGAAGAGGCUAAGAACCAUGAAGAGACACUUUAGUUAUGAAGCAGCUGAUGAGCCAGAGUCCAGUGCCCUAAAAAAAAUGGAAGUUUCAUUCUUCAAUGUUGUGGUGGAUUGUGCUAUCCAAACACUGGAAGACCGUUUCAGCUCCAUGGGUAAGGUGAGGGACAACUUUGGAGUGUUAAAUAACUUUCAAAAUCUUGAUACCCAGACAAUAAGGUAUCAAUGUGAGCAGCUUGGAAGAACACUGAGCACUGGAAAUGAGUCUGAUCUUGAUUGGAAAGACCUUGUCAUGGAAUUAGAAAGCCUCCCAACUCUCCCUAAAGACAAAAUGACAGCACUGGAACUACUUGCAUUCCUGCAUGAUAAAGAUAUAUGUGAGUUGUACCCAAAUCUUUGGGUAGCUCUACGCAUUUCAUGUACUCUCCCAGUUACAGUGGCAUCAGCGGAGCGAAGCUUCUCAAAACUUAAGCUAAUAAAAACCUACCUCAGAUCCUCAAUGGCACAAGAACGUUUAAAUGCACUUGCCAUUAUUAGCAUCAAUCAUGAGGUUGGCAGCCAGCUAUCCUAUGAUGAUGUAAUAAAUGACUUUGCAAGCAAAAAAACAAGACGGGCAAGGAUUUAGGGCUUGGCAGCAGUAGGAGAUGCCUUGAUGGCAAAAUUCACUUUACUCGUUUACAGGUUAAUUUGCACUAUUGUGAGAUGUUGUUUUGUAAAGGUACUUAAUAUUUUUUUGUUAAUCUGUAAUUGGAAUGCUGGUGUCCUUAGAAUUUUAUUUUAAAGAUUCAUUUAUUAAUUCACAAAUACAGUAAAAACUUACUGUAGUGCAUGUUAUUACUUUUGAUGUUCUGCUUGUAAGCUCUUUCUUUUGAAUAAACUGAUUGCACACUUUAAGCUUUCUAAGUUAUGUUGUAUGUAUUUGCAGAUCAGAAUUUACAUUUAUGCAUUUGGUAGAUGCUUUUAUCCAAAGCUACUUACAUUAAUUGAAUUGUACUAUCCAUUCUGUGUAUGUGCAAUCCCUGGGAUCGAACCCAUGAUCUCAGCAUUGCUAGAACCAUGCUCUAACCACUGAGCUACAGGAAAGCUGUAAAGGGAUUAUAUUGUGUUGUUAAUUUGACAUUGUCAGAUUGUCAGUGUGAUA